CCCCCCGGACCUCUCUGUGAUUCCGCCUUGCCUGCUGCCAGCCAGCCGUCCGUCCUUACGUCCGUCCGUCCACCGUUUGGGAUCUAUGGUUGUGUCGGUGGAUUUCGUGACGUUAACCUGGCGGCCCUGAAAACGUUGGACUGACCGUACGAUUUUCGACUUACCCUUAUCGUUGGGGUCGCGAAUGUGAGACGCGAGUGCUUUUUUUAAUCACCAUAGGUUGUCGCAACUGGAAUAUACGCACGGACUAGUUUCGGGAACACUGCCGGGGAUAUUGCCGCUGCUGUCAUUAUCACCGCUACAGAGAUUCAAGAACGAGUUGAUGUCUAAAGAUGAAAUGUCCCUAUAUGCCAAGUAAUUCAUCCACCAAAUUAAAAGCUAUGGUUGAACAUUAAGAAGAGGAAGAGAACAAAAUUAUUAACUCCAAGAGUACAAAAAAACUAAGAAACGAAUGGAAACGAAACGAAGAAAGUACACAGAAGAAACAAAAGAAGAAUAGCGUUAGUAGUGGAAAGAAAGGAUCGAAUGGCAUAAACUAACUUUAAGAAGAAAACAACAUCGAUUCGGAUAUCCUUGGUGCAACCAGUUGUCGUCAGUUGCUGUAUGCGCUGAAACUGUGCGCGUAUGUGUUUCUCGUUCUGCCAUCUUGAAAGUCAUCCAAUUUCUUUCUCUUAGUAGCGCGCUGGGUCACGUGUACCGGAAGCGCGCACGGUGCGUGCAUCGUACACGCACUGUGCUAGGCUACUAUGAAACGAAGGAACAUCGGGUCGAAAGUAAAACCAACAAAACAACACGAUAAUAGCACACGAUAGAAGAACUGCAUAAUGAAAGCGAGUUUGACGAUAAAUUUCUUUUAUUGCGGGAGUGAUAACGGGUGGUGUAGCAGCAGUAGUAGCGGUAGCAGCAGUAGGAACGACAACCCCGAAAUAAAUACAGAUGACACUACUAGCAGUAAGAAAAACGGAUAUGACAAUAGUUUUAACGGCAAUGAUGAACCGCGAGUGGAAUAUAGUGUGGAAGUUGUUAAGUGUGAGCCACGUGGCAACAGUGAUGAUGAGAUUGUCAAGCAGUUAUAUUUCAGCGAGGUGUACUCACACUAAUUUGUGAGUACUAGUAGAGAAAGAGAAAGCGGGAGACAGAGAGAUAGAAGCCACCAAGACUCUCGUGGAGAGCGGGGCACUGAAAGAUAUGCGGACCUUUGUGCGAACAGCUGAACCGGAAGUUGUGAGAACAAGUGGAGUGCAACGCGCUCCGCCUAAUCGGUGAUAGGGUCAGUCGGUUAAAAGAAGACAAAAUUGGCAUUCGCAGCGACGGCAACGCGGCAUCUUUCACAAUUACCUUUUUCUCUCAUCCCUUCCCCCUUUUUCUUGUUUCGUUUCGUUUCACCUCGUUUCCUUUCUCUCUCUCUCUUUUUCUCGAAACUCUUUGACUCGACUCUCACUCAUUUAUUUUAUAUAUGUAUAUACUGUUCUACUCUCUGUUGAUUACCGAAAAGUCUCACCUUUUUAUUUCUCGAUCGAGUAACAUUCGUUAAGUAUAUAUCGUAUAAUGGUGACAUACGCAAUUAAAACGUUGGAAGGAUAAUGCAAAUGAAAAUUCGUCGUAUAGAAGCCGCGUCGCGUUUCCCCACAAUAAUGAAGAAAUCGUCGCUGGAGCAACAGCGCAAGAAAGAAAUUUGAAAAGUCGGUUAAGUUGUGUUACGAGUGUACGAAACCGAGUGGCGUGGAACGCAUGAAAGUGUAUGUAAGCUAACACAGGAAGAGAAAGAGAGAGAAACAACGAGCGAACAUCAGAGAAGAAGGAAGAGGUAACGAGAAAUAAAAAGAAACAACAACGUCACAACGAAGAAAUGAAGACAGUGUGAGUAAUAGUGGAAGCAAGAGGGAAAUGAUAAAGAAAAAGAAAGAGUUUACGAAGGGAAUAGCUUAGUGAGAAGAGAAGCAAAAAGUUCGCGCGACGUACAGUAUAAUGUGGAGUAGCGUGUUUCGCAAAAGUUUUUAAAAAGUCGAUAUAGAAUUUAUAAAUAGAUCGGUUAGUAUACUCACAUAUGUGCACGCGUACGCAUGUGUGCGUGAUUACGCGCGCACAUGUACGUGAUUUGCACUCGAGACUGAAGCGGUGAAUUAUUCUCGCACGGAUUGACUACUCGUGGGGGAAAUUUGAGAUCCGGCUUACCUUCCACAGCUGACGUCAUUACCGUACACAAUGCGCUAGGGGUGAUGGAGACAGUGAGCAAGCAAGUCCAAGUAGUGAGCGGACUGGGGGUGGGGGGUCCGGUGGGCCCGGUGGGUCCAGUGGGGGCAGAUUUGCAUCACCAUCAUCAUCCUCACCCCCACUCUCAUCCUCCACACCCACAUGCCCACCCCCACGGUCAUCCUCACGGACCCCAUGGCCACUCACUGGUCGGCGUAACGUCGACCCCUGGCAGAGGUCAGACACAACCACCGGUCUCGCAUAACCAGCAUUUACCCGCGAGGUCUACUCCGGUACAGCUACAUAGGCCGACGCAGAGUUAUGUCAACAUCAAGAGCAGCAGCCCUGUAUCUCCAAGAACGAUAGGAACAGGAGUGACGUAUGUGCAGGGCGGUGCGGCUUCAUCUUCAGCAGCAGCAGCGGGGACAGUCGGAAGUGGAAGUGGCGGAGGUCCUUCAAUCGGUGGCGGAGGUAGCGGUGGAGGAGGCGGUGGUGUUAACAACGCCGGUGGCGCGAACAGCGGUACAGGAGUCGUCGGGGCUGGAGGUGGUGCUGGUUCUGUUGGAAACGUAGCACCAGCCGGAAAUGGUAACAACAACGGUACCAAUAACAGCGCCGUUGCGGGGAGCAAUAGUGGCGGAAACAGCGGUACAGUGGGUGGUGCACCAGGAGGUUACGUUGCUGUGCCCAUGCCUGGUAGCCUGCGGUAUAUCCAUCCAUACCCGUCGACGCCUACGUCGGCGUCGGUGCCGGCUGUAGCGACGAUGGUCACAUCGGCCUCGUCGGCACCGACUCCAAUACCCGUUCCAGCACCCGCAGCUGCACCUGUCAAUCCACCUACAGUUAGUCAAACACCACCACCAUCGCUUUCGGGAACAUAUGCCACAAGAGAUGGUGGAUAUCGCGGCACCACCACGAAUGUGAACGAGAGGAUUGCCAUUAGCGUGAGCAGUAGUCCCCUGUCGCAAAUAGGAGUCGGUGUUGGAGUAGUUGCAGCCGAAUAUGCGGCGAAUAGCGGUAUAGGUAGUGGUAUGGCUGGUGGAAGAGGGGACAGACCGAGGAUAUCUCUUUUACCACCUGCUUCGGUGACACCAACACCUUCACCAACAGCACCAGAUUAUCAGCACGUGUCCAGUGCAAGAAAUUCACGAAUAGCCCUGAUGCCCGUCCAGCCGGAUCAGUAUUGCAACCGUACGGCCGUUGAAAUGGCCAAUCUGCAGGAGGCGCCGCCUUUCAAGAAGAUACGCCUCAGCCAACCGACUCAGAUUCAAUUGCAGUCCCAAUCGCAAUCUCGCUGUCAUAGUUUGUCACCUGCUGACCCGUGCGUUAAGCAGGAGCACGUGGUGCAGUUGCAGCAACCACUUAGGAUAGACACUAGGCAGCCGGCAACAGAAGCGUAUACACCCCAAACUGAAGCGAUUUCACCUACGCUUCCGGAACCGAAUACGCAAGAAGAUGCGCAGUUCAGAAGUACCAAGGAUGAUCUUCUACAGCAAAUCUCCAAGGUUGACAGAGAAAUUGCAAAAAGGGAGUCUCAGAUAAAUAAACUUCGGAAAAAGUUAAAGGAAUUGGAAGAGACAGCUAAUAAACCUCUAGAAGCCAGCGGACUUAAACGACAGGUUGAGGAACAGUCUCAGCAACCAAAGCAUCAGUCUUUGGCACAAAAAAUUUAUGCUGAGAAUAGGAGGAAGGCAGAAGAAGCUCACAGACUUUUAGAGAGGCUAGGUCCAAAAGUGGAACUACCUUUAUACAAUCAGCCAUCAGAUACAAGCGUGUAUCAAGAAAAUCGAACAAAACAUCAAACGUGUAUGAGAGCAAGGCUUAUAGCGAGGCUUCGACGAGAACACGCUGAACGCGCAUCUCUCCAUCGACAACAGUCACAAACGUAUGCUAUUUUGGUACAAGAGUGGCAUCGUAAAGUAGAGCGAUUGGAAGCAACGCAGAAAAGGAAGUCAAAAGAAGCGAAGAAUCGCGAAUUCUUCGAGAAAGUGUUUCCAGAAUUGCGGAAACAAAGGGAAGACAAAGAGCGUUUUAAUAGAGUCGGUGCACGUAUCAAGAGUGAAGCUGAUUUGGAGGAAAUUAUGGACGGCCUUCAAGAACAAGAGAUGGAAGAUAAAAAGAUGCGCUCGUACGCAGUAAUACCUCCAUUAUUGUUGGAUACAAAGCAGAGACGAAUCGCAUUUCAAAAUCGAAAUGGUCUUCUUCAGCCGGAAGAAUUAGAGGCUCUUCAUAGUGAACGAAAGUUAAUCAAUGUAUGGAGUUCUGUGGAGCACGAAUUGUUUAAAGAAAAAUAUCUACAACAUCCUAAGAACUUUGGGACGAUAGCUCAAUCUUUAGAACAUAAGUCCGUUCCAGAUUGCGUGCAUCAUUACUACCUCACUAAAAAAGCAGAAAAUUAUAAGCAGCUCUUGCGAAAAUCGCGGCAACGAACACGUAGCUCUCGAAAUAAUCCUAAUAAUAAAGUAAAUAAUAGCAGUUCAAGUAUUGGAAAUCUAGACAUUUUAACUACAGGUGUGACAACAAGGUUGCAACGUGAGCAACAGCAAAAAACACAAGAGAAUCCUCAAAAUAGUUCAGCAGGGACAUCAAGUACAACGACGACGACGACGACUACGACUACGUCAAGUGUAUCAACUGCUGUUGCAACAACGAUAGCGACCACUUCGACGACUCCUUUAAAUUCAUCAACGUCGAGUAUAUGUUUAACGACGGACUCUGUAAUAGCAUCAACGACAGCUACAACGACAUCCGUGUUGAGCACCACGACAUCGUCUGUCGCGACGUCGUCGACAACAACAAGCACGAAGGAUAAUAGGGAAAUCAAUAAAGAAAACAAAGAAAGUAAAAUGGAAUCGAAGGAGUCGCACCUUAUUAAAGUCGAAGUGAAAGAGGAACCUCAAUUAAGUUCUGAAACGGUGUCAGGAAAGGACGUCAAAGUAAUGGAAGCAAACAACAGCGAUGGUGGAAGUGUCGUAACGGCGAGCAGGAUAAAAGAAAAGAAGAAAGAUAAUCAUGCCAACCCUAUGGAAACCAGCGACGAGGAAGCCCAACCGAUGGACACCAUUGAAGGUGGCAGACAGAUCGGUCCGCACGCCUGCACAGUUUGUCAAAACAUCGUCGAAGGAAAUACACAAAGUAGAGCAUUGCCACGCAGUCAAGCGUCACAGUAUGGAUUACGAGAGGAUCAAGUAGCACCUGGUGCACGCGUAUGUAAUACCUGUAGGUGCAAAGCCGUCAGAGGACGGUACACUGCGUGUCCACUGCCCGGUUGCCCAAAUCUGAACAACGCUAGCUCGAAAACGAGGGUGAAGAGGUUGCGAGCUUUACCUGCCAAAUGGCUCGAUUUACCUGCUGAAAUUCGCGAUCCAAUUAUUCAGGAGUUUCAAAUACCAAGUAGCGCGACGAAAUGUUGCUCAGCCUGUUUCAAUCGAAUAUCUCGUCGAUUAGCACCGCAUCUAACCGGUGGUACUGAAGUGCCCGAGGGCUCAGCCGAUUCCCUUGCUCGACAAUGGACGGAUGAGGAACUGGAACAACUAAGGAGAGCCCUUCGAGAGCACGGUACCAACUGGGUGAAGGUUGCCGAGCAAAUAGCUGGAAAGACGAACCAUCAAUGCAAAAAUUAUUAUUUUGCCUAUCGAAAGAAGCUGAGUUUAGAUCAGGUUGUAGCAGAAUAUUAUCAGUCAUUGGGGGAAGAGAGGAGACCUUGUUUAACGGACGAAGAAGAAAGCGGUAGCAGUACGAGUAGCUGUGACGAGUUGGCGGUCCAUGAUUCGAGCGAUACAGCCAGUGCAGGUAGUCCAGCGAACAAUUUGUCCAGUGGAACACCAAGUACACCGGGUGCCACGGCAUCCUCGAAUCUGCCAAUAUCCUAUUCGCGAUCGACAGACCAGAAGCUUGGUGACAAGUUAGUAGCGGAUAUCGCUGUGGUAUCGUUGGUACCUCCGGUGAGCAUAGGCCCAUCGCAACAGUCUUCCACCAGUGGAAGUAGCAACGCUGCUUCGGCUGGCACUAGAGAAGAUUAUGAUAGUUCUGCCACGGAGACAGCGGACGAAGGUCAGGGAGGUACCGAUCUAGAAAAUAACAGCGUAGUCGUUACGUUAACAACUGCCAAUAAUUCCACGACGCUGCAACAACAGCACCAGCAGUCGCAUCAACAGGUGCCACCACCUUCACAUUCACCACCAUCCACUACCAGCAACUCCAAUCCUCUCACCGUGAAGGAUCUUAUGCUUGGCGUUAUCGAGAUGCAACUGAAACGUAAUCCUAACAGUCCAGCUGGUACCGGUGGUUCGUCGAUACCAGUCAACUCUGGAACACCAACGAUAUCGAGUAUAUUAAAAACGGAUCAUAGGAACGAUAUCACCUUUGUAAGAGAGUAUAAACCGUCGGUCACUAUGGCAAAUGCUAGUAUGCCAAGGGACUCGAAUUUGGCUACUUUGUCGGUGGUAUCUGGUCCUCAUCAUGGACACCGAUCUGCUCCUAGUCCUCAACAAAUUGGUCAAAUGCAAGCAACUAUUACUCCCUGUCCACCGGCGCCAUCGAGCAGUCAGUCAUCGACAUCCGAUAUACUUCCAAAGGAAGGAUUAGUCGUGAUGCAAGUACAACAGGCGCUACGGGAAAGUACCGAGGGCACUCUAGAUCUGAGUAUCAAGAAACCAAGGCAGCAACAAGAAUACAAUCAUUCCCUGCAAACGCUUCACAAACCACCAACCGUUACACUCUACCGGCCAGAACCUCCACCAGGAGCUUAUUAUCAUCCUCACGCUCACCCAGAACAAGGACGCGGCGCGAAAAGUCCUCUGGUGUAUGCGUCAUCGCCACGACCUCAAGCACCUCUUACACCUAAGAUGAAUAAAGUCUCGGUCCCACCGCCGCAUCCUAAGUUAUCACCCAAGUUAGGCGCGAUAGGGACAACGAGCCACAAAAGUGGUUCUAUUACACAUGGUACUCCAGUGUCCACUGCACGUUACGAGGGUCUUCUUAGACAGAUGACUCCUCCAGGAAACCCUGGUAACGCCUCUGGAACGCCCAGCGUGCCUAGCGGCGCCAAUGCAGUGAACGCUCCCAACAAUCAAGGACCUAAAGAAACGGGAUCCAUAACUCAAGGGACACCUGUUCAUCCUUUCGCGGUGGAUAAGCGCGCGCCAAUGUACGAUUAUCACCGCACCAUUAGACACUCACCUGUAACGACGGGCAAUAUCCCUGGCCAAGGUCAGGCCCAACCCGGAACGGCAGCAGUGGUAGUGACCCAUAGCAAUCAGUAUAAUUCUUAUUCGGGACGACCGCCUCCUAGUUACACCAUGGAACAACAGUUAUCUUCGAGACAGAUAAUCAUGAACGAUUACAUAACCAGCCAACAGAUGCAUGCACGUAGUCGAAGCGUUGGUACGUCUGAAGGUAGUAGUAAAAACGAAGCACCAUCUACGUUGUACUAUACCAGCACACCUCCGCCACAGACCCACACGCAGCCUCGACAGGGCGUGAUACAGAGGCAUAACCCACAAAAACAGAUCCAUUUUCCGCCGCCACCGGGACUGGAGGCGUUCUCCAGUUUGGUGGAUGUCGCUGUACAACAACCAAGUCUUCCGGUUCCCCAUCCUCAUGGACAUCCUGCAUCUGGUACCAGCAGUCACGAAGGUCUUGGUAAGACCAUGGCAGAUAGAUUGUUGGCUGAUCGUUAUGGGGAUAAGCAUCGUCUAGCCAUGCAUCAAGAUCAUAGAAUGACUGUAGCUCAUCAUCAUCAGCGUGACAGAGAAAGAGAACGAGAUCUGGUUCACCUGCGCGAGAAGGAAGAAUACAGACUACAAAGAGAGAAAGAAAUUCAACAGGAGCACAGAUUGGCUCAGCAGAGGGAGAAAGAUGUGCAACAUGCUGAACACAGGCUAUCGUUACAGCAACGAGAGAAAGAUAUGCAGCAUACUGAACACCGUCUUACCGUCCAUCAACAAAGAGAGAAAGAGAUUCAUCAGCAAAUGGCAGCAGCUGCUGCUCAACGUGAGAAAGAACAUCAAGAGCAUCGUUUGGCUGUGCAACAGCAGAGGGAGAGAGAUUUGGCACAUUUACAGCAGCAACAGCAACAGCAACAGCAGCAGCUACAACAGCAUAUUCAACAACAACAGAGGAUGGAAGCUGAAAGAAGACACAUGGCUCAGCUGUACAGAGAUCAACAGCAGCAACAGCUUGAUAGGGACAACAGACUAAUAAGUACUGGGUUUACUCAAUCCUCGAGACUUCAGCAACCACAACAAUCCCAACAACAACAACAACAACAACAACAAUCAUCCUCUAGACAAAACCAGUCCUCCAAUCAGCAGCAAAACGAGUCAGCAUCUACGUUAACUGCUGCCAGUCUGAUAGAUGCUAUUAUAACACACCAAAUUAAUCAGAGUGUCGAGAACACUGGUGGAAAUUCUCAACCGCAGCGACCUGGUGAUCGUCUUUUCCAGAAAACUUUUCAGGGAUUUCAUCGGGAAGCCCCAGUAGAACCAAAUGGGAUGGCUCAUAGCCCUGCCGGCGAAGGAAAUGGUGGCAACAACGGAGCUGGAAGCGCAGGUGGCAAUGGAAGUGGAAAUAAGCCGAUCACUCUUGGAGAACACGUUGACCAUAUUGUUUCUAAAGAUUAUGGUCCACCACAUUCCUCAUAUAGAUCGUAUAGCGGGUAUCAAAUCUCGGAAGAUCAGUGGAAGAGGCGAAAAACUAGCGAACCCGAUUCCGUUAAAGCCGGAGACGAGCGUCAAAUAAUUCGAGUCACGCAGCAACAAUCGCAACAGCAGCAGCAGCAGCAGCAGCAACAGCAACAGCAGCAGCAGCAGCAGCACCAACAUCAACACCAACAUCAACACCAGCAUCAGCAACCAGCAUCAUCAGUAGGAAAACAAUUCCACUCGGUCGAGCCUGUUUCGCCACCAGAACCAGGUACUAAUCAUUACGGUCGCCGCCUGUAUGAAACAACCACUGCCACAUCAACUUCUGCAACUCCUUCCAAUAAGCCGCACCUUUCACCUUUGGAUUACGUUAAGAACAAGAUCGUUGAAGUGAUGCGUACAUCGGAGGACGACAAAGGAGGUAGCGUAGCUGACAGAAACGGAGGAAACGUAACGAGCGGAGAAAAGGACGACAAAAUCGGAGGGAACGUGGAAAGCCCCUCGAGCGGAGAAAUGAUGGUCGACGAGACUCCGAAUCAAACUCCUCAACCACCAGCACCGGCACCCACUACCACCUUUUAUCCAUUCAGCGCUUUAGGCGUUCACACUGGCCCGCCGCCAGCGCCACCACCCCCGACUUCCGGAUCAGCCUCUGUGACAAAGUCUGAGCAAAUGCAAGCCGAGCCGGCACCAUUGCUUUCUGCGCAGUACGAACCACUUUCUGACGAGGAUUGAUAGUCUAAUAAUUUAGGAACGUGUACAGCAAUCUGUACUGAUCGACGCUCUGAGAAUAUUCUUCUUAGGGUAUUUAUGUGGUUUGUUUAUCCUGGAUGAAAAUCAUAUUCAGACUACGACAAUGAAUGUUGAAUAUUUCAUAAUUACCAAUAUCUUUUCUCGGGCGUUAGCCACUGCGUUCUAACUGGUCGUGUCCAAUAGUUCUUCUCAAAUGAUAAACAAGUCAAAGAACCUUUUCUCUUAUUUCGUUCCGUUUCGUUCCGUUUUUUCAUUUCCAUUCUCUUUUUUUCUUUUCCUUUUUUUUUUUAUCAUGAACUCUAUCAUAUUCCGCAAAUAGAGAUUAUAGUACGAUGUUUUUAUAUAUAUGAAUAGAGUUUAUUUUAUAAAUUUCAUAUUCCGUCAGUGUAUUCUUUUAGUCGAGGAUCGUUUCCGUACUCUCUGUGUACAUGUAAAUGCGGUUGUUUUACGGAAACGUUAUUAUUUUUUUAAUACUCGUCCCAACGCACGAGAAACGAUAAUAGCGUAAUUUUAAUUAAUAAUUGAUAUUUUUUUACGCAUUACUUAUUCUCCGCGCUAAUCUGUACGUAAACGUUGUGUAUAAUUAUCAGCUAGAUUAAAUAUAAUUAUUUCUGUUUUCACCGCCACUUCUUUUUGUUUUUUAUAAAAACGCUAUGAUUUUUUUAAGAUAUCAUUCGCUUCUAACUUAUACUAGUUACUUAUACAAAACGAGGAUUUUUUAAUUUCAAAACGGCACAGAGGAAUCUAUACAGAUGUAAAAUUAUUAAAUCUUCUGUAAUACACAUAUCGUCGUGAUAUUUAAUUUUUUUAUUGAAUUUGAAAAAAAAUAUAAGAACAGUGUGUAGCGAAAUUUUGGCUAAAAGCGAAAAUUGUUUUUAAUGCUCAUAAAAACUUUUGAGUAGUGUUCAGUCGUCUUUCUACACGUAAUUUUGCGUCUAAUUAUAGAAAGAAAGUGUGCAUCGUACGCAAGUAUUCGAUCCUUUCCAGAACAAAACCAUCAACAAAGAUUAAGCGAAUAGAAUCGACCUGUAGAACGUCCAGGCUAGCCCAAGUUCACAAUGGAGACGCUUUUUUGUACAUAAUGAAUGAUAUAUAAUCGUUAAACGACGAUACAACGUUAGAAAGGCAUACGUGUUUUUAUUUGGAAUGAAUCUGUGAUGUGUCUGGGAGUAUAAAAAAAUAGCCUCAUCUGUUAAUACCAGUGCGAAGAGAUCGUAGCCUCAAAUUUUGACGAAAAGUCAAUAUGGCGGACGUGUAAGGACAUAUAAAAUGCAUCCUCGCACAGGUUGACGGUGUACUAUCUUAUCGAGAUCAUAUUUAAAUGUUCUCUCCUUGGUGAAGUGGGUUUUAAACAAAACAACAAAAAAAGUGUAAUUCUAAGUGUUGUACAUAGUACACAAUAUUAAUUUCUAAGUUGAACAAGUAGGUAUAUGAUGGCUAGUUUAAUCGUAUGCUAUAUUGUAAGAAUCUAGAUUUAGCGUAAGUGAUGUAGCUAGCAUUUAGGGAUUAGACGCCAUGAACUGACUAGGGAAAGAACUUCCCGAACUACUUCUCUUAUUAAUAAUAAAAAGAAGAAGAAGAAAGAAAGAAAGAAAACGUAUACAGGCGAUUAUAAAUGAUCAAUGGGAAGAAUGAUCAUCCGUCACAUGCAAGCGAAUGGAUGUGAAUUUUAUUUUAUUUGAUUGAAAUUAUAGAACCUGUACGCUCUGACUAUCAAACAAACAAGAAGAAUACAUUACGCAGUUAUACACGUUGCAAAACACAAGUUACAUUUUCACUUACUCGGAUAAAUACAUAUACAUGCAUACAUACAUCGGUGAAGACACGUGUAACACAUAAAGAAUUUUUAUAUAGCCUAAUUUUAUAUUUGUAUGCAAACGUAAGUUGAACCGUGCGGUCUGCUCCUUCAUUUAGUCACGCGACACUCGAAACGAGAAUCUUAGUCCCCUUGUCAUAAGAAAAAUAUUGCUUUUUAUUGCAAAUAUUUGCUGCACCGGAAAUCACUUCUACCAAACGAGUAUAUAUACAUAUAUGUAUACAUGCAUACAUAACACACAUACGUAUGUAUGUAUGUAUGUAUGUAUGUAUAUGCUUAUUAUAUACAUACAUUUAAUAUAUGUGUAUAUUCCUUCGUACUUUAUUUCUUUACACACUUUUUAUAUAAUCAAGCUCAUGAAAGCUCUCGAGAAAAAAAAGCAUUCAGUCGGACAAUGCGAGUGCCUCUAUACAUUUGCGCGAACUAUUUUUACCAAAAUGUAAACAUAGAUUUCGUUGUCUCUACAUUGUGGGUCGCGGUAACAUCAUCCUCGGUUCGCUUUAUAUGUUUACGUCGUUUCGUUUCCGCGAGGAUCAUAUCGGAAGAGUAUCCAAUAUUAUAUGUACAUACUGCACACGCGUGAAAUAUUUGUUCAAUAGAGAAUGUUCGAACUAUAACGUCGGUGAAAUAGAGUUCGUUUGCAUCUAUAUAUAUAUAUAUAUAUAUAUACAUGUACGUAUGUAUGUAUAUAUGCAUGUAUGUAUGUAUGUAUGUUGCGAAACAUGAUCGUUUCAGUGAAGCGGACAAUGUCCAAAAAAUGGAACAGAUGUCUCGAGACCAAUGUUAUAAACGAAAAACAAAGAUCUUACAAAGCCUCCUUGACACGAUCACGAGUUGAUAAAGUAAUGAUUUUGAAAUUCCAAGACUUCUGUAUGUUAACUUUUCUUCGACGUUUUUUUCUUCUAACAAUUUUACUUUUCUUGAAAACGAAAAAAAGAACGAAAGGAAAAAUUUAGCUUUUCCUAUAGGCGUUCGUAUUAACACGUUGACUGCCACGACACCCGAAUACGGGUGCGUUUCUGGUCGAGCCGCGUAACCCAUAUUCGGGUGUCGCUUAUUUCACUACUUGCGAAGGAUCGUCGUAGGUAUUUGAAAAGAUAUUCCAUAAUAAUAAAACUGUUGAAUUGUUAUAAAAGUAAUACGAAAAUGGUUUAUUAAAAAAUCAUUUAGAAUGUAAAACUUUAAAGCAUUCUGUACAUAACCGAGGUUGGUCGGCACAAUUUGGACAAUAAGUUGUUGUUUUCUUCAAAUUCUUUUGUGCCUUUGUUCGGUCCAUUCGACGUCUUUUAUUCGCAUAACAUAGUUUGCAUGCGCGUCUAAUGCUUCUUCCGGAAUCAUUUUUCCGGACGGCGAUAUUAUGCCAACUCAGUCGAAGACAAGGAUUUUUUGUAUUUUCAGACAACCCUAAUAAUUUUGCAACUAAUAAUUGUCUAAAUAUUCUAAUAUUUAUAUUUUUCCUUGUUGGAAUUUUGUAAACCGUCAAAGCGUUUAGAACAGAAAUUCCCAGAAGGAGUUGAAUGCCAAGUUUUCUGUACCGUUUGAUUCCUUUCCUGAUUGUGAUGGCAUAAAAAACCAUUUGAUCGGAAUAAUCUAUACCACACUUUCCUUCAUUAUAUUCAACAACAGCUAGUGGUUUUAUUAAUGUUGCGAACAAACGAAACGAAAGAUUAUUCUUGAGACCACCACAUGAGCGACUCGCAUUACUAAAAUAUCGAUGGGAGCAUCUAGCAGAGAACGCUUGGUACUGCUGCACGUGUGGCCUGGCGGAGAUUUCUUUGAAAACACGCGUGGCAGUCAACGUGUUAAACUUUAGCACAGGAAAUACUCCAUAGUUUAUAAACGAACAGCAACGGUGGUAUCGGGACACUUCAGGAUUGCGAAUUCGUCGUUUACCUCUCGCGAGUUACAUGUUACCGUCGUUCGUCUAUAAAAAAAAAGAGGAAGAGUGAAAGAACGAGAGAGAGAGAGAGAGAGAGAGAGAGAGAAAGAGAGCGUGUGUGUAUGCAAAACAAGAUCGUUUGAUAAAACCGUGUCUGUAAAUAAACGAACUUAUUAACCUUCGCUUCGCCAGUGGUCUCAUGUUAAGGAUUCUUAGUGUCUUUUCAACUUGCGACUUCGAAAAAAAGAGAACUUCUGCGUUCUAUGCCGCGAUUUUUACAUAUUUUUAAACGACAACGUAAAAAGGAGUCUUUAAAGAUCUCGGAUGUUAAGGAAACACGUGAUCAUCGAUGCAUCCAUGCCGACACACUGUCCUUUCUCAUGCUGUUGUGAUUAUAGUAAUAUCGCGUCAUUCGAAUGAAUUAUAUUACGUUUAGUUGGUAACACAGUAUCAAAUUAUGGUCACCAUCAUUAUUAUCUUUAUCUCUACAAUUACAAUUACAAUUAUAAUAUCCCGUCAUAUUGAUUAAUCCUGCAAUAGCAUUUUGUUUUUUGGGAUUAUCGAAAGCGGCAAUCUUCGCGAAUGUAAUUCCAAUGAUUUGCAUAAAUUGAUAUUCUGCGAUCUAUAAAUCAGUGUAACAGAUUUUUACCCUUCUUAUUUGGGCAAAACUCACGUCAUUUCCUUUUUUCCAAUAUAAUUAACUUUCAAGUUAUUGACUUUCAUUGACUUUCAAAGAGUCAUGUAAGAUAUUCGAUUAUUUCUUGCAAAUCCGAACGUAACAUCAUUAUACAUGAAGCCAAUGUAUAUCUUUUUCGUAGAAAUUAUUAUUUAUACUUUUGUCAUAUCGUAUAGACCUUUCACUUCGGAAACUGGGAUCUUUUAUGUCCUAUACUAACUUGGAUCUUUCGCUGUUAACUGGAUGUGCCACUGCAGGAUUAAUAUUGUUCUGUUCGAUCGUAGAAUCGUGAAUGUCAAACAGAACGGGAUAUAAAUCAGAAAUUUCUCUCAGCGUUUGAUAGUAAUUUAAAAUACUGUUCUGUUCAACGCAUAUAACGUAAAAACGAUAUUCAAAAUGAAAUGCGUUAAAAGAUGUCAAUCAGAGGUCAUCUUCUCAGUAUUAUUUGGAUAACCUGCCCUGGGCGCAAGAAGGUAUUCGUGAGAAAAAUUAAAAUAACAAUAUACAGGGUGUCCGAGUCUUUUCCAGGCAAAUUUUAUCGGAAUGUUCUAUAGAUAUAAAUAAGAAAAAAAUGUUAUACAAAUAUAGGUCGUUGGAAGCUUUAUUAAAAUGUAAUAAUAAAAAUGAAAAAUAUAAAAAAGCAAUACGUAAAAGUUAGAUCACCAGUAUCGGCUGACUUCGGAUCUCGAUACUUUAAUGUGUGAAUAACCUUAGAAGAAAAUACUUAUAUUAAACAAUUAUUAAUAUAUGUGAACGAAUACAAAGAUUUAAUUAAUUCACUGAGAUGGACUUUCUAGAUAAUUUUAAAUUGUGAUAGUAACGCUUAAUAAUUACAUUGAUUGUGAACUGAUCCUUGUUUUAUAACAUAGUACAUUCAAAUCAGCUUCUUGAAAUUUUUCUAUAAAGCUUCGAACGACCUAUAUCUACGUAACAUCCUUUUCUUAUGUACACCUAAGAAAGCAUGACCAGAAGAAAUUAGAAUACCCUGUAUAAACAUGUGUACACUAUAUAAAUUCACGCGAAGAAAAACACCAUGGAAAUUCUGCAGCUUCGCAUAAGAUAUACAGAGCAUUUAUUUUAGCCAAUGGUAAGGCGAUUCACAAUCAACAUAAAUCAUAUUAUUACGGAGCUUUACAUUCAUCGUAACAUCAAAGAAAUAAACAGCAGAAAAGAACAAAAAGAUAAGAGUAAAUUUUAAAUUAUACAAAAUCGGAGUCCUGAAGAAUACCGUGUUUAAAUGCUUCCAAUAAAUUAAACAAAUAAAAAACAAGAUACAUAUAGAGAAUGGAAUAUUAGGACGAAACAAAUACAUAAACGGAAAAGUAUACCUAGUGUGAACGACAGCAGUUUCUAAACCGUGAUCCGAUUGUACUUUUCGAAGAGUGCCCUUGGCGUUUCUCUGCUUUCUUUCUGCUGCAUUAACGUAGAUUGUCGUAGGUCGUAGGUGAUCGAACGCUUUUACUUUUCUCGCUCGCCGCCUUAUCGAACUUCAUCAUCAAUAGCUCCAUACAUAGCCAUUCGGCCGUAAUACGAAACUUAUGAAAUAUACAUAUUGAGUAUGUAUAAUCGCCAAAUUAAUACACACAAAAUUAUAUGUGUCUCUCAGAAACUACGUUGGUCAACUUCAUACAUCAAGAGAUAAAAAAAAGUGGUAGAGAAAUGUAUAUACCUUGUUUAUUUUACGAUUAUUUAUGUUAUAUUCUUCCAGUGUACGAAUAAAACAAUAAACUGACGAAUGUAAGUCAUCUUUUUUUUGCUCAGAGAAUGCAAUUCUAGAAUUUGAUGGGAAGUGUUGAUCAAUUUGGCUCCUGAGAGCCAAAUAUAUAUGUGUACCGGAAAAAUUGUUGUGAACUCUCUUUAAUCUAUGCGUCGAUCUUUGUACAUACGUACAAACACGACUCGACAUUGUGCAAUUGCGUGUAAAAAUAUUUUCAAGAUUAACACUUGCUCAGAUCGAUACUCUCGAGCGAUACUCUCGAAUGUUAAUAGCGGAAUCGAAUGUCCUAUAUUAGAGUUGGAGUUAGAAAGUGGAGUACGACAAUGGCAAUCCUCUUUUUUAGGUAUUUCGCAACAUCGUAAGACAAAGUCAAGUGAAAAUAAAUAUACAUACACGAGAAAACACACAGACACGAUGAAAGAGAACGAAAAAGAUGAAAACUAAUAUUAUCGUUGACAUGGCAGGUAAAUCACAUCUAGACUAUUCUAUAGACUAAAAACGACGUAAGAUAUCGAUAAGGCAUCGUGUGUAUGUACCUAUAAUCGUUUUCAACCUGAAGGGACAUCUAUCGAUCGAUGAUUCCUUUCGCAUAAGGAAAUCUGUACAUAGGUAAAAGAGAGAAAGUAGAUGGAAUGAAGUAAAGAACACGCCGAGGUACUCAGCUCCAUCCUAAACAAAAAAUAUUGUAUCAUAAUAAUAAUAAUGAUGAUGAUGAUGACGAUGAUAAUGCUUAUGAUGCAGUUGCGCGGAAUGCGAGAAGCUAAUAAGGAGACAAAAGAGUAAAUGAAACGAGAUUUAAACAAAAAGGAAGAGGAAGAAAAAGUAAAAAAAAAAAGAAAAAAAAGAGAAAGGAGAAGUGAAAUAAUAACAUUAAAAUAAACAAAAGAAGAAAGGCUAAGAAGCGAUAUUACCUACGAACCCGCUAUUAAUGCGAUUAAUUCAAAUAAAUUAACUACAAUUAAUAGCGAGCGAGAGCAUACCACGCCUACAGUAAACUACAGGUGUAGCAUACACGAUAAUAUUAUUAUCAAGACAGUUCAAUGUAAAUUGUUAUUUUUGUUGAAAUAAAAAUCACCUCCGUUAUAAUAA